AUGAAAAUGUCCGCGAGAAUGCCAAAAAUGAAAAGGUCCAAAGAUCUCCGUCUUCUGGAAUUUCUUGGUAACUCAUUCCCUCAAGAAGUUAAGAAGAAGCUGGAUACUGAAAACCUCUAUGGAAAUACACCUUUAGUUCAUUGAAUCAAGACUAAAAGAUUUGAUAUUGCAAAACAGAUAAUUGACUUUAAGUUCUAUGAAGAAGAUAGAGUUGAUAAAUACACUCGUUUGACUCCCCUACAUCAUAUAGCUAAAGUCCCAGAUGAAGGUUUUAUAAAGGUGAUGAUUUCAACCUUCCAUUCUCAGAUUAAUAGCAAAGAUUACCAAGGAAACACUCCUCUUCAUUAUGCCUGUUGGUUCAGAAAUAGAAACUAUAUUGAACUUUUAGUAGAAAAUGGCGCCAAUGUUACACUUUCUAAUGAAGAAGGAAAUACUCCGUUACACAUAUCAUGUGCGGGAAACAACCCUCAGUUUGAUCAUUCUCCUAAGCAAGAGGACUAUCUCAUUAACAAUGGAGCAGAUGUAAAUGCAAAGAAUAAAUUUGAUGAGACACCUUUGAUGAUGAUGUUCAAAUUGUUAGGCGAAGAUGAAGUCAUCAGCUCAGGUGUUGAUAGCAAGUUUGAUCCUAUAAGCACUCUCAUGAUACUGCUGAACAACAAAGCAGACAUUCAUGCUAAGUCAAAGUCCUUGAAGACUCCUCUCCACUACGCUUGUAUAAGAGGCUCUACGAUCUCAGCUCUCACUUUGAUUAACAACGGGGCUGAGUGAAAUGUAACAGAUUACUCAGAUACAACUCCUUAUGGAUACGCUAUGAAGAACAAUCACGAAGAUUUGUGUAUUUUCUUAAUUCAACAAAACAAGAUCAUAGAUCUCCCUAUUAACUCAAUUGUGAAUAACCCAGACCACGAACUGAACAAACUCGCCAACCUAAGCAGCUACGUUAACUCUCCUGAAAUGGACGAAUUAAUUGAGAGAAAAAAGGCUCUUGAAAGUAAGCCAACCUAUGAGAAGUUGGAGGAAGAAUACAUAAAGUUACAGCCUUACAGUCCUUUCUACUAUGCUAUUAGACAUAACAUGCAGGGAAAUAUCUACCUUUUGAUCCAGAAGGGAUUCAGUCAAUUUAGCGCACUUUCUGAGUGAAUUAUGCAGAACAAGUUCAACCUCUUCCUAUCCAUCCUUGAUAUAGCUGAGAAAAAUAUCAUUAAAGAAAGAGCUAAUGAAGAGGGGAAGAACUUACUCCACAUCUACUGUGAGCACAUUCAGGAGUCGCAGCCAGAUACUCAAUUGGCACUCGAGAUUUUGCAAAUAAUCCUUGACUCAGGUCUCAAUCAAUAUGAAGUAGACAAGAAAGGAAGAAUCCCUCUCCAUUAUUGAUACAUGAGAGGCAACAUUUUCAUUGCAAAUAAGCUUCUUGGUGGCAAAAAUAAUGAAGAGAAGAUACAAAUCCUGAACAUCUGUGAUCAUGAGCAAACCACAGUAUUUGGAAUGCUCUUCCAUAAUCUUUCAAUGGGGAAUUCUUCUAACCCUCUGAACCAAAUGGUGUGUAAUGUUGUUGGAGAAGACACCAAAAAGUUAAACCCCUUCGUAAAAUUCAGAAAAGAGCAUUUCCCAUAUACCCAACUAUCUUACUGAUUUGAAGACGGUGAAAUGAUACACCCGGUUAUCCUAAUGUAUGAUAUAAAUCAAUACAUUGACCCAUACCUGCUAAGCACCUUUGAUCCUGUAGGAAUUGUCAGCCCUGACUCACAGUUUUCACUUCUCUGCCAGCUCUUCAAGCUUGGAAGAAUUUCUCUGUUAUCAUUGCCAAUGUUUAAAAAUUCUGUGGAGAAGUACCUGCAGGACGAUGUCAGUAUAAAAUUUAUUGAAGAAACUUUGUCUAAGCCAAACAAGCUUGGAUGUUAUCACAAUGCAAACAGAAUGAAAAGGUUCCUUUUGAACCAAUUCAGAGUUGAGAUAAAUGUGAAGAGUGAAGUUGAUGACCACAUGAACUUCUCAUCAGUCAAAGAAAAACUCAGAGAAACCUUUGACUAUAUUGAAGACUCAGAGAAAUAUCUUCAAGUGGAGAUCCCCAGGCUUCAAGAGCUUUCCAAAUCUGAUCAGGAAUGCGUCCUUGAUUCUACUGAUAAAAGUGAAAAGCACUGAUAUGUGGUCAAAGAUGAAAACGAAACCAAAUUCUUCUAUGAUGCUAUGAUGAAGAAGGUGGACAUUAAAAAGUAUUAUUAUGGGCUGGAUAACUUCUAUGUCCUCCAAUUACUCUAUGACCCAGUGAAAAAUAUCUAUAUUGUUUGGACUAGAUGGGGAAGAAGUGGAUCUCAAGGCCAAUACCAAAGAACUCCUCUUAAGAAAGAAGAGGCUAUAAAAGAGUUCAAAAGAAUUUUCAAACAAAAAACUGGGGUUAAAUGGGAAGAAGUUAAGGAUUAUACUAGAGUUCCCAAGAAAUACGACGUUAAAAGGCUUGGAGGAAAACUCACAUCAAAUACUAACAAAGCACUUAAAUUCUCUAAUGCUGAUUUUGAUUAUACUAAACUUUUAAUUCCAUGGGAAAAAUUGGAGACAGACAUCGAAAUGAAAAAUCCAGAAGAGUUCAAGUACUUCAUCAAACCCCUCACAAGAGAUGAUCAUAUUAUUCAAAAUUUUACUUAUUCCAAUUUUUCAAGAUCCUUAAUGGUUCUGGCUCCUCAGGAUAAAGAAACAGUUGAUGAUGCUAUUAAGCUUCUCUACAAUAUGAGAAAGAUUAUUAAAGAGUCAACAAAUCACACUUCUCAGAGAAACUUUGAGGCGUACUGAGCUUGCAUAGAAGAGAUUGAGAAACUUAACAGUGAAUACCUUGAGCUUAUCCCAAAAACAAACCCUACUAUGAUCUCAACUCUGCUGCAUCAGCAUGAAGUAGAUGCUGAAAUCCAAAGACUAAAGUCAAUUUAUUCAAUUUCCUCUUCUGUAAGAUCUAUGCUUGGGGCCUAUCUGAACAAGGAUGAGAUAAACCCAUAUGACUACAUCUUAGGAACACUGAAUCUGAACAUGAGUAUUAUUGAUUUAAACUCAAAUGAGACGAAGCUGAUCCUUCACUACCUCAACUCUUCUCGUAGUAAUGGCUAUAACCUCAGAAAUGUAGUGAGAAUUGAUGACUUGGAGUACACAGAUGAGCAAAAUGAUAGAUUUGAGAAUACACCAAACCAUAUGAUGCUCUGGCAUGGCACUGGAGCUGAUAACAUCAUCAACAUCAUGAGAAAUGGGCUGAAAAUUGCACCUGAUGAGGCAUUCCAGCAUGGGUCUAGAUAUGGGAAAGGAUUGUACUUCUCAGACUCAUUCGAACUCUCUUCUUGCUACUCCUCUGAAAGCGACUGAGAGAAGUACAUAUUGCUCUGUGAAGUAGCAACUGGGAAGAUGGUAAACAUCCUUUCCAUGAUGAACCAAGAAUUAAAGAAGACUCCUAACUAUGACUGUAUCAGAGUUAUUCCUUCAACUGGACCUAACUGGGAUGGAUCUGUUGUCAAAGAUGAUGUGGUUUACCCUAUUGGAAGAACUAUUCAUUAUCCUCCUCCUAUUUUCAAUGCUUUGUCUAAUAAGAGACGCUCACAAAGGUCUUCAAGCAGGAGAUCUUCAAGAGGACAAAAAGUCAAAGACAUGGGAAAAUAUGAAAUAGUUGAGGAAGGGCUUGAAUCUGAAGAAAGCGAAGAAGAGGAACAAAAAUUUAUCAAGCCCGCUUUUGCUCUAGGAGCUAAUACAGUCCCAGCAGUAAGAAAAUCUGAUAAGAUGGCUAAAAAGAACGAACUUAUGAUACUAGAGGAUAAUGAUGAUGUAGUCUUUCCUAUUCUUCCAAACCAGAUUACAGCUGCUACUCGCUCAGAUAUCAAGGAAUACAAUAAAAGAUUGAACAAUCUCCACUCCUAUAACCACCACUCAGAGUACAUAAUAUACAAUGAAGCUUUGGUCAGAGUCAAGUACAUCAUCCAGCUAUCUGCAAAGCCUAAAUCUAAGAUUAAAAAGGAGAUGAACAACGGUAUGAUGUUCAAGAAGAAAGCUCAUCAAUGGUUGCAACCCAAUAUGGAAGAAAGAAAUACAAGAUGUAAUGAAAAUAAAUAA